GCUCGGGAGAGCAUAAAUACGUCUCUUCUUCUGUUCGAGGAGUCAACCACUUUUGAGCUCGAAGACUGUCUGCUGUCACCCAAGAUGCACUCCUUGAAUCCAUUAAAAAUCUCACUGUGACCAGGUACACCUAUGCGCCCUUCAAUCUCAGCCGUGACCAUUCUACUGUGGAAUAUAUUAGUGACCUUCGACGACGAGGUAAAGCAAGUGUGGUUCCCAGAAAGUCCAUUGGAAAAUGCUUGUUCUUAUUCCUCCAAUCCUUUUUACCUUCGACCUUUAUUGUGCACGUAUCUUGCAUCCAGGUAUAGACAUUCACACUUGGAACUGCCGAAUGUGAGCCCUGUCCUUGUGCUUCAAACUCACACCUUGUGUCAAAAUUACUGUAUUUUGGGUCUCCUCACUUUUCUCUGCAUCUCCGUCACUGCUACGAUGAUAACCACCACCGUAUACUUGUAUCAGAACCUAAUCACAGUGUUUGAACCCGAUCACAGUCCGGUAAUCCUAGUCCGGUGCCCUACUGUCGUCCGCUGCCUACCGCCUUUUGGAUCCCUUUCUUCGUCUGCGAAACACUUUCUGCGCCUCUUACCGAUCAAAACUCACGUCGUUGUUUUCAGAGAUGGUGUGACAUUCUCACGACCUCCUCAUCUUGUCUCCUCAGUGACUUACCAGUUUAACUAGGAUUCAUCUUUUGUAUGAGUCAGGUAGGCAGGGGCCUUCACUAUAGAAAUAACACACGUCCAAUUGUUCUUGCCUUCUCGAGUGGGUACCUCUUUUCUUACUCUUGAGUAUAAAAAAUAUGUUCAGGAUGAUGGAAGACCUAGCUAUCUCAGUGGCGAAUCUGGUGGUGUGGAUUGCUGCCCCGAUACCGCUAUCCUAUGUUGCCACAAGGUAAAGAGAAUUGUAUCUGAAAUUCAUGCUUUUCAUCAAAGGGUACAGA